AGCUUUCACGUGAUCAAAAUAAUAAUGUUACGUCAACAAACCAACCAUAAAGUUUAGUGCGACCAUUGUUGCUGCAGCGAGGGACGAAACUGGAAGAGAUUUUGCCCUGUAGGACCGGCAAAAAUGUCGUCUCCAUCGCCUGGAAAGAGACGAAUGGACACUGAUGUUAUUAAACUAAUCGAAAGUAAGCACGAAGUGACAGUACUUGGUGGAUUGAACGAGUUAAUUGUGAAGUUCUUUGGUCCCAGUGGAUCGCAUUACGAAGGAGGAGUUUGGAAAGUGAGGGUUGAUUUACCAGAAAAAUACCCAUUUAAAUCACCUUCCAUAGGUUUCAUCAACAAGAUUUUCCAUCCAAACAUAGAUGAGGCUUCUGGUACAGUAUGCCUUGAUGUUAUUAAUCAGGCGUGGACUGCUCUCUAUGAUUUGUCAAAUAUCUUUGAGUCGUUUCUUCCUCAACUUCUGUCUUAUCCAAACCCUGUGGAUCCACUCAAUGGAGAUGCAGCGGCCCUUUACCUUCACAAACCAGAACAGUACAAGGCAAAAAUUCAAGAAUAUAUUAAAAAAUAUGCAACGGAGGAAGCACUGAAAGACCAGGAGGAAAUGUCAUCAUCGAGUGAAAGUUCCAUUAGUGACUUUUCAGAAGACGAGGCACAGGAUAUGGAACUCUGACAUGAGAACAGACAAGUUUUUGUACUUUAGGCCGACAAAUAUAGUACAUUAUAUUGUAGGAAUGAUCCUGUGGUUUAAGUUUUGGUAUCUUCUGUCAUGCUUAACGUUUUUAAAAAAAUUCUUAAACCUGCCCAUAGUUUAACAAAAAGCAUAGGUUACUGGAUGUAAAAUUGAACCUCAGCAUUGUCUUCAUAAUUUUAUUUAUUACCUGCUUCUGCGGUACAUUAUUAUUUUAUUUUUAAGUUCUUCUCUUCUAUUCUGAACACAUCACUGAUGUUGCCGUUUCAAACUUCUAAUUUUAGAGAUGGUUUGUAUUUUAAAAUUAAUCACUCAAUCUUCGAGAUGAAAGCAAAGCCUUAAGAAGUCUAUUUUUGGAGGGGGUGGGGGCAGGAGGCAUUUUUGGAAUGGGGUGCAGGGGGCAGGGGGAUCUUGUUUCAAAGUGUUCUUACUUCUGAUGUUCUUGGUCUUUUUACACAAGUUGACAUGUAGCUACUUUUACGCUAGAGGACAGAUAAACUGGAGUAAUGUCUCCAUUUUGGAAGUUGACCAACGAGGCACCCUUAUCGCAUUUUAUGAAUUUUGUUUUCAUCGUGAUCUCAGCCCAGAGUGUCAACUCGCUUCUGUAGUUGACCAAAUCACAAUGCCUUUUGGCUGGGAUCUUUUCCUGCAGUUUUUUUUUUUUUUUUAGUGAAGAUACCAAGACUUAACCAGUAAUAUUGAUAUUGUAUAAAUAUUAAACCGGCUGUAACACUGUAAAAAAUUUGUGCCUUAAAAUAAUAUUGAGACCUUUAGACUUGGCCACCCCAGUAUCGACACCUAGAGGAAACAUUUAAAGUUCAAGUGAAUCACAUUGAUAUUUGAUUACAAGUCACAUGAAAAAACUAACAAAGACAGACUCGUUAGGUUCAUUUUUUUUGCAUCCACGAAUUCCACGAAGGAAUUAGAAACUAACAGGAAAAUUUAACCUAAUUUUUUUCAGAUCUUCCCAAACUUUAACCGUCUUUGUUCUGCUUUGGUUCUCAAUUACACCUUUUGAAUUGUUUUACUUUCCUCUUUUGAUUGAAAGAAACUCAUUACUUAGAAAUAUUGGGCAUGACCUCACCCCUUGAAAUUUGAAUGGGACCUAACUUUGUGGACAUUAAAUAUAAAAGACAAACUAAUCAGACAAGAUACUUGUGGUUGAUAUCGUUUGCAGUAAAUUUUCCCAGAAAAGUCUGAGGAAAUGUAAUUAAAGUCACUGUAUUGAGGGCGGCCAUUUCUAAAUAUGGUCUAUUCUAAGACCAUUGCGGGGAAAUGUAGCUUUAGGACUGUUGUCCUGAGUUGACAUAAAAAUAAUAUUUUACCCCUCAAUGUUCAGGGAUGUAUUGUAAUAUUUGUACAAAGAGUUUGGGGAAUUUAUUAUAUCUGUUGUUUGUAGGCGAUCAGUGUAUAUUCAGUAGAUUGCUCAAUACAAUUAAAUUACAUUGCCGAAAUUGUGAAAAUAGUCACGUGAUAGUUGACUGUAGUUUUUAAUUGCACGCUAGUGAGUAUGUAUGUAUCUAUGAUGGUGAUGAUGUAGAUGACGUAACUACAGUAAAUUUCAGUAUUUUGAUUAUUCUUAAUCUUUCUAAAAUUGUAUGAUAUCCAGUGUCAUCAACUUUUAUUAGUAACAGUAAUAUUGAUAAGGUGAGUGGUUUUGAAUUGCUUGGUGUUCACAUCAUGAUGGUCAAAUUUCAGGCAAACUUCUUUUGAUGCUUGCCUUGAUAAAAGAACAGAGAGUUUUGUUUAGGAUUUCAGGUCUUUUCGAACGCUUAACGGAAGGGACACCAUUAUGAGUCUAAUUUUUUUGUCUCAUGAAAAGAGCCUGGAUGAGGUUAAUCUGAUAGCUGAAAAUUUGGCACAAAUUUUAACUGUUAAGUGGAAAAAAAUUGGCCUGGAAUUUUAACUCCUUGCCGAGAAAUCACCGAAAACUCAUCCAGACCAUCCUAUAAGCUUAAUUAAGAAGAACCAGUAAACGUCAACUCCAGUAUUGGAGGAGCUCGAGGAAGCACGAGAAACUAACUUUUAAAUACAGUGUACACUGUGUAUGUAGCGAGCUCCUUGAUAACAAACCGGCAGGCUUCUCAACACAACGGUCUUGUCGAUAAGCGGCGAACCUUUCGAUACAUAACGAACUUAAAAGGUAACGAACAUCUAGAAACGUAACGAAUUGAUUUGUAACGAACUUUUAUGAUAGAGACUUACAUGGCCUUGUUGUUCAAAGCGAGAAUCCGGUUAUCCAGGCAGGAUUCAUUUAAUUUCAAAUUAAUCAAAUUUCAAAUCUUAGCAGUGAUAAAUCUUACUUAUUACUUGUCUUUUUUUUCUUUUUUGUUUUGGACUUGGCUAAUCUACCUUCGCUAGUAAUCCUGGAACAGAGUGGUUUGGCUUUCGAGCGACUGUAAGGCCUUUACUCUUUACACAAUUGUUCGCCGAAAUGAAAAGCUUUAAUAAAAUGGAAUGUAAGAUAUA